AUGAAAGUGCACCGGAGUCAGCUGUCCCCCUCUCUCUGCAUGCGGGCGCUGACCCCUGUCUUUGUCUUGCAGGAGGUGGAGCGGGACUCAGACAGUGAGAAGGACCAGCCCCAAGCAGGGCCUGAGGAAGAGGAUGGAGAGGGCUUCUCCUUUAAAUACAGCCCCGGCAAGCUGAGGGGAAACCAGUAUAAGAAGCUGAUGACCCAAGAAGAGCUGGAGGAGGAGCAGAGAGUUCAGAAAGAACAGCUGGCCGCCAUCUUCCAGCUCAUGAAGGAUCACAAGGACACUUUUGGCGAGAUGUCCGAUGGCGACGUGCAGGAGCAGCUCCGCCUCUACGACAUGUAGCCCGCCACCACAGGCGCCACCAGCAAGACACCCACACCGCUGUGCCGUGCCUCUCUCCUGACCCCUGACCCAAGCUCUUGUUACUUUCAGACUUUUGUAGGCUUCACUGUAUCUUAAAAUAUAGAGGUAGACGUAUAUUAUAUACAGAUUUGCUCAGUUCUUACACUUUAGGAAUCAUUUUACAGGAAUCAAGAUUGUUUUCUUCAGAGGAGAAAAUCCCUGACCCCUUUGGCUUCUGCUUGCUGGUGAGGUUGCAGCUGUGAGCUAACCUUCUGAAGCCGUCUUCUGAACCAAUUCAAUAUCCCACACAGACCCAGGGCAGGCAGCAGUCCGGGAGGGCUGAUGUGAAGGCCUGGUGCUCAGCCCCAGCACACAGUGUGGAAAGAAUUCAGGGGUUCUGCAGGGAGGAUCAGUACUGGUUCUUGCUACCUGAGUGUCUAAUCUAAAAACACUACACACUCCUUCUGGAUGCUUCUGCAACUGUAGGGAAGCAAGCAGUAAGGGGCAUUCUUUUAGCAAAAGGUCUGAUUCAAAGACUUGCCUCCUAGGGGCUGGCCGGUAAGCCUAAUUGGUUAGAGCAUGGCGUUUACAACACUAAGGUCAAGGGUUCAGAUCCCCAUACCGACCAGCAGCCAAAAAAAAAAAAGCAAAGACUUAUCUUCCAUCCUGGGACAAAGCAAUGGUAUCAGAGUUAAUGUCCUCAAAGAGUUUCUCUCAUUUAAGCACGAGACUUACUCUGAAUAUAACUGACUUAUCUGAGCACUUAGAAUACCCCUAGAAUUAUGCUGUAGAUAGAAGAAAUAAAAAAUGCAACAUGGUCCCUACCUUUCAGGAGGUUAAAGGCCUAUAGAGAGGACAGGCCCAUGUGCAGAGAAUGACAACCUCAUCAGAAUGCAUUCAAUAAAAUGCCAAAAUGAUCUUAGAGAACAGUGCCUGGGACAUCAGAGGGGAUCAAUCAUUUUUGUCAGGGAGUGAAUGUUACUAAUGGAAAUAACAGUGGUUCUUCACGCCACACAGGUCCUGUUUGUGAUCACCCCAUAGCAGGAAAAUUCACAGUUCUCGAGCAAACUGUGUUAGGUGGGUAUGCGAAAGAGAGAACCUAUGACAGUUCUUAGAAGCAUUUUUUAUUUGCUGAAAUAAAGCUAAUUCAACGCACUCAUGUAAA